GUAAGGUUGGCUGCUCCUCGGGCUGCAAUGUAUACAGGGGGUGUGUAGAUGGCGCAGAGCUGUGCGGCGGAGGCUGGAGCUGGGAUUUUGGGGCACUCCCGGUUGAGUUGAGUGGAAGAUGGCGGCUGAGGAUCGGGAGAGGGACCAGGCCCGCAGUGACAACGCCAAGCACAAGAGGAAGGAACAGCUGAAGCGCUGGCUGGGCUCCGAGACCGACCGCGAGUCGGAGCGGCCCCGCACCAAGCAGCUGCGGGUCAAGUUCGCCGAGGGGGCCGUGUUCCUGGCCGCCUGUUCCAGCGGGGACCAGGAGGAGGUGGAGAAGCUGCUGCAGCAAGGAGCUGACAUCAACUACACCAAUGUGGAUGGACUGACCGCCCUGCACCAGGCCUGCAUUGAUGAAAACCUAGACAUGGUCACUUUCCUGGUGGAGCAUGGAGCUAACAUUAAUCAGCCUGACAAUGAAGGUUGGACAGCAUUACAUGCUGCAGCCUCGUGUGGCUUCAUGGAAAUCACACAGUACUUAAUUAAACAGCGGGCGAAUGUUGCAGCUGUGAACAGUGAAGGGGAACUGCCAGUUGACAUUGCUCAGGGUGAAGCUAUGGAGAAACUGCUGAAAGAAGUCAUUAAGAAGCAAGGCAUUGAUGUGGAGGUCGCCAGGAAGGAGGAAGAACAGCGAAUGGUCCAGGAUGCCAGACAAUGGCUAAAUCGAGGGAAAAUAGAGGAUAUUCGACAUCCCAAAACUGGAGCCAGUGCCCUUCAUGUUGCUGCAGCCAAAGGUUACUUGGAGGUUAUAAAGUUGUUGAUCCAGGCUGGCUUUGAUGUGAACAGCCUGGACAAUGAUGGUUGGACUCCGUUGCAUGCAGCGUCACACUGGGGAAAAGAGGAGGUGUGCAAACUGCUAGUGGAGAAUCUGUGCAACAUGCAGGCCAUUAAUAAAGUGGGUCAAACAGCAUUUGAUGUAGCAGAUGAAAACCUCUUGGAAAUGCUGGAGGAGCUACAGAAGAAACAAGCUAUUAUGAAAAUGGAGAAGGAGAAACAAGCCAAGAUGGAGGCCUCCCUGAUUGAAUUGUCGAAUGCCUCACAGCAGCUUCCAUCCAGGACCAGGAGGACUUCUAUUUCCCGUAUGAGCAGCAAAGAUAAAAUCUCAAUGCAUGAGAAAGAACGCAAGACCUUACAGUCUGUAAUGCUGGAGCAUGUCAAUGAUGAGGAAGACAGGAAGAAGUUGAAUGGCUCAAGUUCUGAGGAGGAGAUGCCGUAUGAAGCUAAAUCAGAAGCUGAGAAAACAAAAGCCCGACUCAACAUGAACAACCUCAGCACCAAACUAAGCAUGACUGACUCCAUCCUUCCAUCCUCCACUGCACCCAGUGGAACCAACAAGAGGUUUACAGGCCCUGCUGCCAAACUGGCUGCGCAGGAUGAGGAGAAGAAGGAGCAGCAGUCCCCUGCAGCAUGGCGUACUGCCCUCCGCAAAACAGGCAGCUACGGAGCCCUCAACAACUUGCAGCCGCCACGGGAGGAGCAGAAGGGAAAAGACGCAGGCAUUGUCCGAUCAGCAUCUAGUCCCAAACUGACUCUGGCUGAAACCAAGGAAAAGGAGAAGGAACCCCGAUUAGCCCGAGUGCCGCCCACUCCAACAAGGAAGCUCUUCACCAUUGGAGAUGCCAAUGAAGAUAAAACUAGUGACUCCACAGUCCCUUUGUCCAGAAGUACCUCUUACACACGACAGCGAGAGGAUGAUGCUGGCAAUCCAUUGACCAGCCUGACCCGGGCCUCGUCCUAUGUACGUAAGCAAACAGAGUUGGAGAGCAGCAAAAGGGAUAAAGACUUGAAUAACACGAUACCGAGUAGCACAGGCAACUCUACGGCUACAGUGUCUGGUUAUCCAAAAAGUCACUUCUUCCUGAGAACGAUAGGCCACAGUUAUGGCGCACAAGACUUCACAGCUCGUUCCAGAACACAGUCAAGUGCGGCCUCAAACCAUAAAGUUACUAACUCUGACUCUGCUUCUACCAACAUCGUCAUAUUUAAAAGCUCAUCCUUUGGGAGGAGACAGGAAAGUCUUGUCAGCAGUUCAGCCCCUGGUUCUGUCACCACGAUUUCAAGCUCAGGUUUUUCCACCAACCCUGCCAGUAGCCGGGCCCUGACCACAGGCACCUCAGCAGCAUCUACAGCCACCAGUUUCACAAGCCGCUCCCUGACUCAAAACCAAGCUGGAAACGGAACAGAGAAAGAAAGUAAUCCAACCACACGAAGCAACAGCUCUGGCACAGAGACCCGUGAGAGACGCAGAUCCUACCUCACUCCAGUCCGUGACGAGGAAGCUGAAGCACAAAGAAAGGCACGCUCGCGACAUGCCCGCCAGUCUCGCAGAUCAACGCAGGGUGUGACACUGACAGACCUGCAAGAGGCUGAGAAAACAAUUGGAUCGAGGCGGGACAAGAAAACUGCAGAGCAUGAGAAAGAUAAAGACAAAGAAAGAGAAAAGGAAGAAAAGGAAGCAGAAGCUAAAGAUGCAGCAUCCAAAUAUAGAUAUAGCAGGACCAGUCAAGAUGAGGAGAAGAACUGGCGGUCAAGAUUAGCCAACCUGCAGAAAGCAGAUCUAUUGGGCCUCACCUCCUCUACAGAUUCCAAUCGUUCCAGUGUUCCUGCCUACACCUGCCACAAUGCUGUGGAGCCACUAGACAACAAAGAAUUGGAGAAAGCUAAAGAGGAGGAGAAGGAAUCAGAUGACUCGUCAUUCAAAAAAUCUGGUACCAGGGACCGGAGACGGCCAAGAGGGAAAAGAAGAUCAACAGGUGUGCAUUCCAUAUCACAAGAUGAUGACAAUGACCAGGAUAACUCUGGUGAGGAUGUGGUGGAAUCUGAGAAGAAGCAGAUCGAUUAUCUAAACAGGGGAUAUACCACAGGAAGCAGUCAAGGACAUCUUGCGAACAAAGAGGCGACUUCAUACUUGGACACUGGCUUGCAACCUACUCAAAUAGAUCAAGCGGAGAUUGAGACUGAUAAAAGAGGCUACAGAAAGCUGUAUGAAGAGCUUCAAAGAAAGAAUGUCCAGCUUCGAGAUCAACUGCAGGAGGUGCAGAUGCAGAUCGCACAGAGAAAGCUGGAGCUAGAGAAGGCCACGCAGAUGCAAGAAAGGUUCGCAGACAGAACUGCCCACUUGGAGAUGGAGAAGAAAGAACGGAAGGCUUUAGAAAGAAGAAUCUCAGAACUUGAGGAAGAAUUGAAGGUUUUAUCAGAUUUGAGAGCUGACAAUCAAAGACUGAAAGAUGAAAAUGGUGCACUGAUUCGUGUCAUCAGCAAACUCUCAAAGUAGUUGGCGUUCACUUCAACACUUGCACAAAGCUUUCUGGAGUGAUGGGACGUACUCUGCUGGUCUCCAUGUCUAGACGCUUGCCUCACCUUCUUUACCUGGAGGGAAUGCUAAUCAAGCCACGCCUAUUGCUGUUAUAGCAGCACCUGGACUACUGCCCCCAGAUAGUUUUGAAAGGCAUGUUCAAUGAAGUCUAUUACUGAUGCUCGUAACUGGUACAUGUAUUGACACGCUGCUGAGGAACAGUGAGGAAUGGUUAUAAUGGGAGUCCAUGAUAAAUACAACUGUCCCACUCAGCGCACACGACCAUUCUACGCUCAUGUGACUUUGUUGAUGAGAAUACGAAACAGGUGCUUUGCUUUGCUCAUUGUUUGUGAUCAGUUGAAGAAAUAAAUGCUUCAUUGAUCAGAUUCAAAGCAAGGCAGAUCUGCUUGACUGACACUUUGUUUCGUGUUGUUUUAUAAAGGAAUGGAACAGAACAAGACUUAAAGCCAUGUUUUAAAAAAUUCCUCCAGUAUUUUUUUGGAUCUUCCACAAAGAUCCCAUUCAUCAAAAGCUUCAUCUUAACUAAAGAUUCCUACCUAACACACACAACUUAAUCUUCCUGGCAUGCACAGUUGUUCAUUGAUGAAACAGUCUGCAGAAGUGAACAAAACGUGAACUGAGAAGAGGCGGUUAAGACACCCUCACCCACUUGUCAAGCGACCUUUACCUCUCAAAAAUAAGAUGCACUUAGAUUUGUGAUCCCAUCUAUUUGAUCAUUAGCCCUGUUGACUUCAGGAGAAGCAGCAAAGAAAGAAGCGAGAAGAGGAGAUCGCCUUUGAGGGUUACUUUUCAACACGAUGGUUGAACCCAGGCAACGUACGCAGUCGAGUGCAGUUUAAAAAUAGCUUGAACAUUAAAGUUAUUGUUUAGACUCUGGUAUGUGGGUUUUAAACUGCAAUAGCAUAAGAGCAGCAACGGUUGAAGGAAUCAUCCGAACAUGGAGAGAUUGCGAGAGAAGUGAUACGAUCACUGGAGCAGUAAAUGCUGCUGCUGCUAAUUGUCAAGGCUUGCCAUAUUUUUUGAGAGCAAUGUAGGAAGGGUAAAAAGCUGCACCUACAUCAGUGCAGGUAAAUGUUUCUCCGUGUGAGAGCUCGGAGUUUGAAUUGCACUAUAUUUUUCUGCCUACUCUCCAGUUGGUUUUGAUCCCUCCCCGUUCCUAAAACAAAAAAAAACUGCCCCCAAUUUUAAAAUCUCUCUUUUGCCCCUCUCUUGCCAAAAAUAAAUCUUCUCAGGUCUUUCCUGUAUCCUGUACCAAAAUAUAAGCAGUUCUAAACAAUCAGCACUUUCCACUUGCUUUGCCAAAAGAAACACAAUGAGCAAUGUAAACAAAGCAGUCAGAAUGUAAAGUAUCGUGGUACCAAAGAAGUAUGUGUGUUUACAACAGAUAGUGUAUAUUUUGCAGAUUCUUUUAUAAUACAGCCUUCCAUACUGGUGCUGAUUAAAAAGCCCUGACUUGUGGUGCUAUUGAAGAACAAAUGUCUACAGUUUGGACUCUUGCAUUGCUCCACUUGUAGGGCAGAGUAGGUUUCCAUAACCAUUUCCACUUCCCUCAGAAACCUCUCAAAUUUCUGUAGUUAUUAUUGAAGGCAUAAGAUAAUAAAAGCGUUAACAGGGGAAUUAGCUAAUUAAUCUGCUUUUGGUGUUGACCAAAGAAAGAAUGCUAAUCAAGGCACCAGAGAGAAGUAUACUGCUCCUCUUUGAAACUGAAUCUGAGAUCUUAGUCUCCACCAGAAUAGAAGACUACAUACUUGGGUCGUCAUUUCAUGCCCAAGAUGGCUCCUUGUCACUGCAGUAGUCUCUCACUACUGCACUAGUCUGCCAGCCCACAUUCUGAAGCCCUGGAGUGGGCCUUCAAUCCCAGGCCCCCAGACUUGGACAACAAUGCGUCUGAUUGAAUGAAAGUAGAAGAACAUAAGCAAGAGACUUUUUUUUUUCUGAAAUGUGCAACUAUCUGUGAUACGAAUAUGGUGGCCUGUUACCCAUAUUGGUUUCUUCGUUCCGCUAGGUGAUUUUCCUUAAUACUGGUGUCAGCCUCAUUCCUGCCAAAAAAUUACAACCUCACUGGUGCAGUGAUUUGGUGAAAAUGGUCAUGCAAUCCAGUCUAAAGAUUGAUAUUAAGUCUGAUUAAGGAUAUUGUUUCCUAAAUAAUUCCUUUUGAAGAUGCAUAAGCCACAGUUACGUUAUUACUAAACCCCAGGUGCAUCGCUUAGCUAGUAAAUCAUUUUGGUAGGUUAGUACAAGGGUUCCUAAGAACAAAUGUUUAGAUGCUUGCUGUUACUCUCUGCACUUUUAAAACCUGAAAACUUAAUUUGCAGUCACCUCACAUUCCCCUCAACUGAAUGGGACAUUCCAUGGUCUCUUUCUGAUGAGUAUCCAAACAAGUACUUGCUUCUGGACUGAGGAAUUGCAAACAGAACAGUAACCAACUGAUCUUCAAUGUAGUGACCAAGCAAUAAUGUGACACUUCUGUGAACUUGUCAAUUGGCUAGGUGUCUCGAGAAAGUAAAGUAUUAUCCUUUUGCUUUGGAAGACUGAGCAUUGCUGCCCCAAGACAACACCGGUACAUUUCCAUGACCCAAAUGCUGACAAUUGUCCACUCAAGCCUUGUGGAUUUCCCUAAAGUCACCUAGAACACAUUGUUAUCCUUUGUCUGUUCCUUGGUUGGUGAUCUCACAGAAAGAUGGAACGUUCAUUGUGUUCCUGAUAUACUGACAGACUUCGGCAGCAAGAGAUUAGGGUCACAUACAACACAAUACAGCACAGAAAUUUCGGCCCACCAAGCCUGCAUUGAUUCCUAAACCUUAUUUAAACCUGCUACUCAUUGCCCAUUUGCAGUUUCUAUCCUUCUGUUCACUUCCCGUUCACGAGUCUAUCAAGAUACAACUAAAAUGAUGCUAACAUGCCUGCUUCGACCACCUCCAUUGGCAGUGUGUUGCAGGCACCCACCACCCUCUUUGUGAAAACUUUUCCCCGUGCUUAUUUCCUAAACUUACCCCCUUCUCGCCUCGAACCUGUGCUCUCUUGUAGUUGACCGUUCCACCCUGGGAUAAAGCCGCUGACCAUCCGACCCAUCUAUGCCUCUCAUAAUUUUCAGGUCACCCUUCAGCCUCCACCUUUCUAGUGAAAACAAUCCGAGUUU